AUGGCCGACGCUCAAAUACCGCCGUCCCACGAGCAGACCGCGGACGGCGGAGCGCAAAGCGAGAAGAGCUUAAAGUCCGAGACAGGCCUCGCAUCCGGCGGCCCAAAGCUGGCUUCGUCCUUUCCCUCCCCUACCGAUUCCUCCCGACUCGCUUUUCUCAAACAGCAUCCGCCGGCGGAUGUCGUCCAGACCGGCGCGAACCAGACUGGAGAAGAGAUGCGGUCAUCGGGAGGAGCUGUCGACCCGAACGAAGAGGCCCAACCUUUGACCCCGGGCUUCAACUCGCUCCCGAGCAAUCAUCCCUCCCCUCGAAGUCGGCAGCCAAACAAUGACAGAGCCUCGUCGGUGACCCGCAAUACUCAUCAGCCCUCGCUGGGCGGACUGUCGCCGUCAUCUCGUACGCCGAGUGUCCAGUUCCGCGACACCGACAAUGAAGCCCCUGACGCACAUACCCCACAGGGUCCGUCCCGACCCUCUUCGGUGCAUGGAGACGAUGGAGAGCAACCACGGGGCAGAUCAUUCAUGACAAGACUCAAGUCUCUAGCCGGAUCUCAGCCGUUUACAUCCCAUUCACGGUCCGCCAGCGGAGCGACCAUUGGGGAUGUGAGACCGGUACAACAAUCAGACUUGAUCACACCGGGCUCGGAGCGUGGUGAAUUCCGCUUCCCGGAAACGCUGACUGAGGAAGGGAGCGAUGUGGAUGCCGAUGCAGAGGAAAGUGGAGGCGAGCAGCAGUCUGGACGCCCAAGACGGAAAAGAUAUCUACGUCGUCGUCGACAGACGGACGAGGAGACUGGAAAUCGAACCGCGCCCACGACGCCCAGAGCGACCCGCCGGCCUUCCUUCCACUUUUCGUCCUCAUUCGCGCCUUUCGAAAACUACCGGACCAACCUCUUUCCUCGCAGAGCCAGCACGAAUGAUUUCAUCCCCCAACCUCGCGAAGGUGUAUCCGAGGACGAGGGUCGUGCCCAGCUGAGUAGGCGCAAAAUGACCAGCCGCGGAUUCUCGUACAUGGGCCGACACCAAAAUAAUGGUACCAACAAUGGGACACAGGAUGAGAGUUAUCGGCCCAGCCAACUGAGACGCAUGACUGGGUUAGGGGGUCCUUCAGACAACAAUGAGAGUUUGACAGCGACGUGGAGACGUCAUCGAAAUGAACGAGGCACCAGUGCGAGUGCCCAGCGUUGGAGACAGAUCAAAGCUGGUCUUAAACUGAUCGGUCAACGACGCAGGCCCGAGAACGCCGUCGAUACCAAAAAGUCCGCAGAACUACUAGCAGAGCUUUCGUCUGCAGUGCCUGCUGCCUUGAUUUUGGCCAGCGCGUUUCAACGGGACGAACACGGAAGCAAACGGAUCCCAAUUCUUCUCGAGCAACUCAAAGUCCGUGUUACGGACAGCCGGAUCGACUCCCACUCAGGUGAUCGUCAUUUGGUCUUCCGCAUUGAACUGGAGUAUGGAAGCGGCAUGACACGCAUGAAGUGGAUUAUUUUCCGAACAUUGAGAGAUUUCGCCAACUUGCAUCUCAAAUACAAGCUUCAUCUGGGAACGCAAAAAUACAUCCAAUUACGAACAAGCGAGAACAGUCCAAGCCUCCCGCGUUUCCCACGAAGUGCCUUCCCGUACAUGCGCGGAGUUCGUGGAUUGGAAAGCGAAUUCGAAGACGAAGAGGAAGACGGAGCAUAUGAGACUGAGGCCCCUAGUGGGACUGAAAGAACUCCCAAGAAGAAGGGCAAGGGCCCGCAGACCCCGCGCAGACCGUCGCAGGGUCUUUUGCGAAGGAUGUCUAGCAUUGUCAACCAAGAAGGAGGCGAACCGGGUGCUGGUGCUUCGUCGACACUUGACGGAGCUGGAGGGCGGCGGGAAACGUAUCCUGAAAGGCAACGGAAGAAGCUCGAGUUGUACCUACAAAAGAUGAUUAGAUUCCUGAUCUUCCGUGCGGAUAGUAAUCGUCUUUGCAAGUUCCUUGAGCUCUCCGCGCUUGGCGUGCGUCUCGCAGCUGAAGGCAGCUACCAUGGCAAAGAGGGAUUCCUCAUCAUUCAAUCCUCCAAGGGUCUUGAUUUCCGUCGCGCUCUUACGCCGGCACUCAUCAAGAAACGACACUCGCCCAAGUGGUUCCUUGUCCGCCACAGCUACGUGGUGUGUGUCGAUUCACCCGAAGAGAUGAAUAUUUACGAUGUCUUCUUGAUCGACGCGCAUUUCAAGAUGCAAACGCAGAAGAUGAGUCUGCGGAAUCAAAAGGCGAAGGAUCUGGCAAAGUCAGCCAAAGAGUCGGCGCGGCAUCCUCAGCACCACACCCUUCGACUUCAAAAUUCCGAACGCAAGCUGAAAUUGCUGGCUCGGAAUGAACGCCAACUGCUGCAAUUCGAGGAAUCAAUUCGAUUCAUGGCGGAGAAUACACCGUGGAUGCAGCCGAAUCGAUUCGACAGUUUUGCUCCGGUGCGUCAAAAGUGCUUUGCGCAAUGGCUGGUCGAUGGUCGAGACCACAUGUGGGUGGUGUCGAGAGCCAUCAACCAGGCGAAGGAUGUUAUUUACAUUCACGACUGGUGGCUGAGCCCAGAGCUGUACAUGCGUCGUCCCGCGGCCAUCAGCCAAAAGUGGCGUCUGGACCGUCUGCUACAGAAGAAAGCUCGGGAGGGCGUCAAGGUCUUUGUGAUCAUGUACCGCAACAUCAACUCUGCGAUUCCAAUCGACUCAGAAUAUUCCAAAUUUUCGCUCCUCGAACUUCACCCAAACAUCUUUGUCCAAAGAUCUCCCAACCAGUUCCGCCAGAACACGUUCUUCUGGGCGCACCACGAAAAACUUUGCCUUAUCGACCACACUCUGGCUUUCGUGGGAGGGAUUGAUCUGUGUUUCGGCCGCUGGGACACGCCUCAGCAUUCUCUGACUGAUGACAAGCCUACUGGCUUUGAAACCACGGAAAUGCCCAAAGAUGCCGACCACUGCCAGCUGUGGCCUGGAAAGGAUUACUCUAACCCUCGCAUCCAAGAUUUCUACGACCUCGACAAGCCUUACGAGGAGAUGUACGAUCGUUCUGUGGUACCUCGUAUGCCCUGGCAUGAUAUUUCCAUGCACGUCGUUGGGCAGCCGGCGCGAGAUUUGACGCGUCACUUUGUACAGCGUUGGAACUACAUUCUCCGCCAACGAAAGCCGACUCGACCGACACCCUUCCUUCUUCCUCCCCCGGAUUUCAAUCCGGCUGACCUGGAAGCCCUGGGUCUGGAUGGAACUUGCGAGGUUCAGAUUCUCCGUUCCAGCAGCAUGUGGUCCACAGGUACACCCGACGUCACUGAGCACAGUAUCAUGAAUGCCUACGUCAAGAUGAUUGAAGAAUCUGAGCACUUUGUCUAUAUUGAGAAUCAGUUCUUCAUUAGUACAUGCGAGAUUGACGGCAGAAAGAUUGAGAAUCUGAUUGGCGACGCUCUGGUGGAGAGAAUUGUUCGCGCGGCCAAGAAUGAGGAGGCCUGGCGUGCGGUGAUCGUGAUUCCGCUGAUUCCUGGUUUCCAGAACACCGUGGAUAGCGAGGGCGGUACUAGUGUGCGUCUGAUCAUGCAAUGCCAGUACCGUAGUAUCUGCCGCGGCGACACUUCGAUCUUCGGACGCCUCCGCGCGCUAGGCAUUGAGCCCGAGGACUACAUUCAAUUCUUCAGUCUGCGAACAUGGGGCAAGAUCGGCUCGCAGAAGCAAUUGGUGACUGAGCAACUGUACAUUCACGCCAAGUGUAUGGUUGUGGAUGAUCGUGCUGCUAUUAUUGGAUCUGCGAACAUCAACGAACGUUCGAUGCUGGGAUCGCGUGAUUCAGAAGUCGCCGCCAUCGUCCGAGACACUGAUAUGAUUUCGUCCACCAUGGCUGGCAAGCCGUAUCUUGUUGGUCGAUUCCCGCACACCCUGCGUAUGCGGUUGAUGCGAGAGCAUAUUGGUAUUGAUGUGGACGAGCUUUUGGAGCAUGACAUUUCCACCGAGGAGGAACUCCGCAAGAUUCAGGUCGCCGAAGAAGGCCCACAGCCGGCCCAGCGCCGAGAGCGUCGCGAAUCCGAGUCGUCCAUUAUUGAACGACAGGAUGAGCGAGAAAUGAUGGAGCGUCGUCACCGUGUACAAGAUGAGUUCCUCUCGCGAUCGGAGAAUAUGCACAGCUUCAACCAUGACGUCGACUGGGAGCAGGGCAAGAAUCCCAAUCUCAAGAGCAACCGACGUCUCACUGCAGACCCACGUGUGACCGAUAACCAAAGCCAUCAGAAGGAUGUCGAUGGCGAAGGCGUUGAUCACCUGACGGAGGCGCAGAAGGCUGGAUUGGGAGUGGCUCGUGAUUCUCAGAUGACCCCGGAUGGCAAGGAAUACCUGGUCUCGCCUAUUGCCUCUGAAGGCAGGGGUACUCUUGAGCAACCGAAGCGUGUUUCCCAGCGAAAGCCCUCGCAGGCCACAUCCACCAGCAAUGGUGGGAAGCCUAGCGUGACAUUUGACACGAGUCGCGAUUCAGACCCGAGCACCAACUCGGAAACUCUGGGUCAGCGACAUGCCACAUCUGACCCUCUCAGCCGCGAAACCUGUGUUGGGUCCGGGGGUGGCUUGGGCGUGAGCAAGGAGACGCAGGAAGACUCUGCAUAUGGGGACCCUCAUAUUCCCGAGCUGAAGCGCAUCUUUGUCGACAAGGACUGCAUGCGAGAUCCUGUCAACGAUGCCUUUUAUUUGGAUACGUGGCAAGCCCUGGCGGAAAAGAACACCAAGAUCUACCGCUCUGUAUUCCGAUGCAUGCCCGACAGCGAGGUCAAGAGCUGGAAGGAAUACAAGGAGUACGCUGCGUAUGGCGAGCGUUUUGCAGAGAUGCAGAGCCAGUCAGCGGGUAAGCCUGGUGCCGCGGCCUCCUCCGCCACGCAGAAACCGAACGGUGUUUCCAGUGUCGAAGGCCAAGCGAACGGCUCAACUUCGCCUCUCACUAGUGUCAAGUCCGAAGGCUUUGGCAGUGAACUCAAGAGUGGGGGUGGCCCAACUGUCGACGAGAAGAUUGGACUAUCCAAGGCCGCCACCGAGCCGGCUGAGCUUGUCGUUUCACCAGGGACGGAGACCAUGUCCCCCACAGACGAGAAACCAUCGAAGGUGACAACCGAGCCUCAAAUACCCAACCCUGCCACCAACGAGGAUGGCCGUACCGCCGAAGACUCGGAGAAACCCCGUACCAACUCGGGUCCUGUCGAUUACUCCGAGGCUAUCAACUUGAACUCGGCUUCGCAGUCUCGCCGACGUCGACGACGCGCCACCACUAUUGGAUCCAAGGGCGGCAUUCAUGCGUCAGAAGAUGUGUUGGAUAAAACACGAGCGGAAGAUCUUUUGAACAAGGUUCAAGGUCAUUUGAUCAUGUGGCCUUACGACUGGCUUGAGAAGGAAGAACAAGGUGGAAACUGGCUAUACGCUCUGGACCAAAUCUCGCCUUUGGAAAUUUACAAUUAA